GUAUACUUCAAUACUUGGGUGGCCACGUUAUCUUUACUCGGGCUGGAGUGACUAUUUAUUUCUGUUUAUAUUCAGAUAUUAUAAUUCAUUUUUCUAUUCUAAAAGUUUGCUGAAAUCUCGGUAGUCCGAUCCUGUUUUGCGGUUUGACAGGCUGACCUCCUGCCAUUUACCACACUUUAAGGUUAUGUAAAUGUCAAGAAGCUAAUUCGAAGCGAAAGUAAACAUGUAACAUAAAACUGAAAAAAAUAUAAUCAAAUUGCAAUGGCAAAAGAAACAACCAUCAUAUUCGUGUAUGAUAUAGAAAAACUACAGAAAGAAGAGGACGACCCAGCCUCUGCAAUUCUCUAUUUUCAUCCUACAUGGGUGUCUGAUCAACAGAAGUCCUCGCUGUGUGGUCAGAUUGUAGGAACAAUACAAUGUGUCAAAAAUGUCCUAGCCAAACCAAAGAUCAUUUCACUGCAGACUGGAAAAUUUUACAUCAUCCAGAACAAUCGCUACCUAUUGGGCGUCGGUACAGACAGAAACAUCACUGAUUUACUACUUGAACAUAGAGCAAAUGCAGUAUAUUCAUUAGUCAAGUUCUUCCACAAUGAUUUUGUGUCUCUUGCCGAACUUUACCAUGGUGAAGGUCUUCCAGCCAAAUUAUACCAUAUAUUUGAUACUUACUUGAAAAUGCUGGCAUUUGGAGGGAAUAUAUUUUCACAUAUUCCCACAUUGAAUCUUCCAAAGAGCGCAAGUAGCGUGUAUAUGGAAGCAGCUCAUAUCUUGGAAUGCUGUCAAGAUCUUGAGAAUGUUCUGGGUGGAUCCAUGCUUUAUCAUAACAAAGUUGUUGCAACACAACUAAGUGCAGACUUGACAAAAAGAAUCAUCCUCACCGAUCCAUAUAGGAUAAAAUGCCCAUCCGACGCGAUGGAAGUCUCAUUUGAGUUGCCAGUUAACGUACAAUUACUCCAAGUGUACAUAUCUAGUAAGGAAUACAACUCGUUAUUGGAUGUUUCCAACAGAAACAGAUUUGCUUUUCAGUAUUUGUGCAGCAAGGAUAUAAAGAAGAGCAUCCCUAAAUCCUCAUCCCAACAAGAUACUUCGUUGGUGUCAGCGAUGAAGCGCGAUCAGUCGCUGAUCUUCACAGCUGUUCCCGAGGAAGGUCCCGACUCGUCGAACCAACCGUUUGUACCUGCCGUCGUCAAGAAGAGCCGUCCGAAGUUUCUGAACCUGAAAAGCGCAAGCAUAGAUGAAGCGUCCGAACGAAAAUCUAGACAAGUUGGUACACCCCUGUGCGGACAGACUAGCGUCGCAUCCACUCCUGUUGCUGACCUCAAAAGGUUCGUGCAUCAGAACCCGAUGUCGAUCUGCACUAGUAAGGGAGCGCCACCACAGGUCGUUAUGAGUAUACAAGUACCUAAUGAGUCAUCAAAACCAACAGACAUCGAACCAUUGAAGAUGAUACCAUACAUGACAGUGACUUCGAAUAAAUUUAAAACAAAAAGGAGCACCAGUUUGACAGAUAUCAACGAACUGAUUGACAGUAUUACCAAAGAUGCAUCGCAGUAUUUCAAUACUAAAAAUAAGCAUUUUAUCAAAAUCGAAUCUCCAAAAAAACAGAAACAUCGAAAUCGUUUGAAAAGCGUGGCGGAUCCUACGUUUCCCGUCUUCAGGCAGGACGGAUUGUGCGUGUCAAAAGCGUACUAUAAUCGUUUUGUCGAGAGCGAUAUAGACAUGGUUAAACGGGACCUUGAGAAUAUAAAGAUUAAUAAGGUCAAAGCCAACGGGGUUAUGAAGGGCGUUUUAGGAAGGGUGAAGCAAAAUAACGACUGCAUACUUAAGAACGACAGGGAAAACGUCACUGUAAAGUCUAGCGAUGAGGCGAAUCAUGUCAAAGUGGCACUUGUAAAAGGAAAUAAGGAUCACAGGAAGUCUUUAACUCUACCGUUGAAGUCGCUAACAGCUGAAAGUGAGGGGCCUGCUCAGACGCCGUUAUCUCGAAGGUACUCGUCCGGUGUUCAGCUAACUCCACUGCUGUCGAAACUAAGUAUUCUGGCGUUCGAGGAUAGAUCGAGCGGUUUCGGUAGCAGAGAAACGACUCCAAGCGAAUACAGAGGUUUUACGCCGACUCAUUCGAAACCGCUGCCUCACGCGAAAUUGAAAAAAGAUAUAAAAACCGCGAGCAAGACUCAAGAUAAGGACGCGAUGCAGAAAUGCGUUUUAUUCGUUUGUGGACAGCAAGAUGUCGUGCUUACGGUUUUGAUGAGGGAGGAGUGUUGUCGAGAAGAAACUGUUGUUAAAAAGUUGUACGACAUCUGCAUGGAAACCCUGCCGAAAAUGGAAAAACUGCUAGCAUACAGCAUCGAGACACAGUCGAGCGCUUCGUCCGCCGGUAGGGACGGCGAACCGUACAGCUUCCUCUGUCUCGAUGCCGACUGGGACACGAUAAAAAGGGGCGGUCCCUGGGGGGCGAACGACUCUGGGGCUUCCGUCGCUUUGAACAGGCUGCACAGGGAUUUCCAGAGGACCGACGAACUUACGGAGAUACUGCUCAGAUGCGGUGAGAGCAUAAUCUACGGUAAUAACACUGGUCCAGCUGAGGUCUACUACCAUGAGCCGGCGAAUGUUUGUUCGGGCUUGCCACCACCUGGCGACACCAUGGGCUUGGUGCAGUUGAAAGCCAGGCGGAGACUGGAGAGAGACCAUGGAGUCUUAUUGCUGUAAGGCGUACCUUUUGACAUGUUACCGUUGUAUAGUUUUGGAAAAUAAAAACGCACGAACGUGACAACUCGAAGAGAAAUACUGACUCUCAGAAUAGAAGUAAUUUAUUUGAAUACACACCAAAGCAAAAUGAUCGCUCUCAUUCUCUAGCUGUCGCUGCUCUGUAGUUUUUACGUUUCUGGCUGUAGUUUUCUUUAGUACAAAGAUUAUGUUCGCAGAGGAUGCUGAAUACAAGUCCUUAUUAACAUAUUCGCAAAAGCUCUCUUAACUAUUUCAUAUGGAAAAACGCUAAAGUUACAAUGGCAUCUAGUUAAGGAAUUCUUUAUUUGAGGCUUUCUGGGCAAAGACACCGAACGUGCUGAACAUAAAGACUCGGUUCAAAAUGCCGUCACAAAAAAUCACGUACGGUAGCCUUCAGUUUUUGAAUACUUGGAAAAUAUAAUUUAAUGCUUCUUGCGGCAUAACUUCGUACAUAUCAGUGUUGACUUGAAAAACUGAUGAUCUCCAAUGAAUAUAUAUAUAUAUAUCAUUAAAUCUCAGCUAAUGAUGUAGUUUAUAAAAAAUAUUCUUGUAUCAUAGCAGACGUUAAGAUUAUUUCACCGCCCUAGGAUAUAAAGGAGUCCACAGGCUGAAAAUAUUUGACAUGAGUACCCAUUGUACUUUACCGCC